UGCCAUGAAGUUUGAGGCCAUUACAAUUCCGAAAGGUUUGUUCCUAUUUCCAUGCACACUCGUUGUAGUUGUUGUGCUCAUUCCUCUGAUGAGAAGCUUGAACGAAUCAGCUUCUAAUAUAUACGGCACCAAUUUUGAAGCCGUAGAAACAAGGAGUUCAUGUAACAUCUUCUCUGGGAAUUGGAGUCGUUAUGAGAAGGGACCUUACUACAAUAACGACACGUGUCCUUACAUAGCGGAGAAGCAGAAUUGCUUCACGAAUCGGAGACCUGAUAGAGAGUUUCUCCAAUGGAGAUGGAAACCUCAUCAGUGUGAGCUUCCUCUGUUCGAUGCUCUUCAAUUCUUCAAUCUGGUCAACGGAAAGUCAAUGGCCUUUGUUGGAGACUCAAUUGGAAGGAAUCAAAUGGAAUCUUUGUUGUGCCUCCUCAGUAGUGUUUCUCAUCCGGAAGAUAUUACAACCAAACAUAUAUCAAAUUAUAAAGACGACAUGUAUUUCAAAUGGUGGUUCUAUGCUGAUUACAAUUUUACCCUUACAACAUUGUGGUCUCCUUUUCUAGUGAAAUCCACUAGAGAUUACCUUAAUGAUACUUCUUCGGACAAUGCGGAAAAACUCUAUCUAGAUGAAGCAGAUCAAGCUUGGACUAGUCAAAUACAGAAUUUUGACUUCAUAAUUUUCUCAGGAGGACAAUGGUUCUUUAGGCCCUUAACAUUCAUCCAGAAUGACCAAGUUAUUGGAUGUCAAUUAUGUCAAAACAACACUCAACAUGACUUCCAUGGAUAUAGAAUUGCAUUUAGAACAGCCUUUAGAGCUAUUGUAAAUCUUAAAGGGUUUAAGGGGUUAACAUUUUUGGUGACACACUCUCCGAAUCACUUUGAGAAUGGAGAGUGGAACAAAGGUGGGGCUUGUAAUAGAACAAUGCCAUAUGCUAGCAUGGAAGAUGAGGUGGCAAUGCAUAUUCCAUAUGCACUAGAGGAGUUACAUCAAAUGCAGGUGGAGGAGUUUUUAGAAGCAGAAAAGGAAGCAAAGAAAAAGGGUUUGAAAUUUGUUCUGAUGGAUAUAACUGAUGCAAUGUUAAUGAGACCAGAUGGGCAUCCCAAUAAAUAUGGACAUGCGAUUCAUAAAAAUGUUACCAUCAAUGACUGUGUCCAUUGGUGUAUGCCAGGACCUGUUGAUACGUGGAAUGAGUUUUUGUUAUAUUUGUUGAAAAUGCAGAUGUGA